UGCUAUUACAGUUGGAACCCUCAGCAUUGUCAGGAGAAGAUGAUGUGAACUGUCUUCUCGGGAAAAAGGCUUUUUUUCUCAGAAACUGGCUAGAUCCUACCUUUGAACUUAACAUGCUGCUUCAGAACAGCUAUCGUUUGCAUUAAAGCAGAUGGAACAAUGAUAACAAGGAGAGAUCAGAUAUAAAAAUCAUUUAUGAAAUUAUUAGACUUUAAACUUUGGUGCUGUGCUAAAUAGGAUAAACUCAAAUUUCCUCUUGAUUCCGCAAGUGAAAAAGAGGAUUCAACCGUCUGGCAGAAAUAAUUCAUCACAAUGAUUUGGAUACUUCAGCUGUUGUUUUCACCGCUCCCAACUCCUGCUUUGAUUGGUCUUAUUACUUUUGGAACAACAAUUUUUCUAUGGUUGAUAACAAAACCCAAACCAAUUGUAAUGCCUAUUGACCUCAGCAACCAAUCUAUUGGCACUGAGGGAGGAGGUAGAAGAAGUGCACUUGUUCCUGAAGGAGAGCUUCUAUCUUAUUACUUUGAGGAUGCAAAGACUUUAUAUGAAGGAUUCAAAAGAGGACGUUCUGUAUCAGAAAAUGGUCCUUGCUUAGGAUAUCGAAAACCAAAGCAACCGUACCAGUGGCUAUCUUAUCAACAGGUCCUGGACAGAGCUGAAUAUUUGGGAUCAGGCCUUUUGUUCAAAGGAUGUAAACCUUCAUCGGAUCAAUUCAUUGGCAUCUUUGCUCAGAAUAGGCCAGAGUGGAUCAUUUCAGAGCUUGCCUGCUACACUUACUCAAUGGUAGUAGUUCCCCUUUAUGAUACUUUGGGUGCAGAAGCAAUUGUGUACAUUGUCAAUAAAGCUGACAUCUCAAUAGUGAUUUGUGAUAAACCUGAAAAAGCAGAGACAAUACUGGAGAACAGCAAGCAAGGAAAAAUGCCAGUACUAAAGACAAUUAUUUUGAUGGAUCCUUUUGAUGACGGCCUAAAAGAAAAAGGAAUUGCAUUGGGAAUUGAAAUACUUUCUUUUCAAGCAGUUGAGGCACUAGGAAGAGACAAUUAUAACAAACCAGUUCCUCCCAAACCAGAUGAUCUUUGUGUUGUUUGUUUCACAAGUGGCACAACAGGUAACCCUAAAGGAGCUUUGCUAACACAUGGAAAUAUUGUUUCAAAUGCUGCUGCCUUCCUGAAGAUCGGAGAAAAAACUAUUAGUUAUGGGACAUCAGAUGUAACCAUAUCAUACCUUCCUCUGGCUCAUAUGUUUGAAAGAGUUGUGCAGUCUGCAUUAUACAGCAUUGGAGGACGAGUUGGAUUCUUCCAAGGUGAUAUUAAACUUCUUGUAGAUGACAUGAAAGCACUGAAGCCAACAAUAUUUCCAGUAGUGCCCCGGCUGCUGAAUAGGCUCUAUGACAAGAUUCAAACUGGUACUCAAACAAAAUUCAAGCGACUGUUGCUAAAUGUUGCUAUAAACAGAAAACUUGCUGAAGUGAAGCAGGGCAUUAUCCGAAACAAUAGCAUAUGGGACAAACUAGUAUUCGGCAAAGUUCAGCAAAUCACAGGUGGAAAGCUGAAAGUAAUAGUAACUGGUGCUGCUCCAAUAUCUCCAUCUGUCCUACUGUUCUUCAAAGGAGUCUUUGGCUGUCAUGUUCUAGAGGCAUAUGGUCAAACAGAAUGCUCAGCUGGCUGCACAGCCACAAUGCCUGGAGAAUGGAAAACUGGUCAUGUUGGACCUCCUCUACCCUGCAAUAUCAUAAAACUUGAAGAUGUCCCAGAAAUGAAUUAUUUUGCAUCAAAUAAUGAAGGGGAAGUGUGUAUUAAAGGGUCAAAUGUAUUCAAAGGUUAUCUGAAAGACCCUGAGAAAACAGCAGAAGCAAUUGAUAGCAAUGGAUGGCUUCAUACUGGAGAUAUUGGAAAAUGGAUGCCGGAAAAUGUAUUGAAGAUAAUUGACAGAAAAAAGAAUAUCUUCAAAUUAUCCCAAGGAGAAUAUAUUGCACCCGAAAAGAUUGAAAACAUCUAUAUUAGAAGUUCUUCUGUAGCACAAGUCUUUGUGCAUGGAGAUAGCCUUCAGUCUUUCUUGGUGGGUAUAGUAGUUCCUGAUGAAGAAACUCUUCCAGCAUUUGCAGAAAACCUGGGAGUAAAAGGUUCAUUUGAAGAUCUUUGCAAAAAUUCAGUAGUGAAAAAUGCUAUAUUGAUGGAAAUGAACAAUUUGGGAAAAGAAGCUGGCCUUAAGACCUUUGAACAAGUCAAAUACAUCUACCUUCAUCCAGAACUGUUUACAGUUGAAAACGGACUCUUAACCCCAACACUGAAAUCAAGAAGAUCAGAUCUCGUCAAACACUUCAGGAGUCAAAUUGAUGCUCUUUAUGCUUCUGACAUGUAAAAGAAUGAAGGCCAUCUUGAUUUGAACAUAUUGACAGGGGAUUAUGAAAGUGCCUAACUGGCAAAGGAAACUCCUAAAAGAAACCAAUAAACAUAGUAUAUGUGUAUUGUUAGGAGGUUAGAGAGUCCCAUUUAGUGUUACAUGCCCAGGAAGACAAAGCAAACUGCACUGGUUUCAAUUAUUUAAAACCCCUGGGGAAACUACAUAUUCUUUUAUUGUAUAACCCUAAUUGAAAUGGAAAAGUAUUAAAUUGUUUAAAAACAUUAAAAAACAGAGCUUACGGGAAAACAUUGAACUCUAUCACACUAUUAAGAGAACAUCAUGACAUUGUACUCAUUUGAUUGAUAUUAACUGCAUAACAAGGAUAAUGUCAUAUAUACUGUUUGGGGGAUUCUGUCAUAUCUUAAAAACUGUAAAAUGCACUUCAUUUACCUAUAGGAUGUACCACUCAUAGAUGAGCACUUACAUAUAUUAGCAUCAAUUGUAUGUAUGUUUUAAAUUGGUAUAUCCAAUUCUGCUAAAGCACAAAAUGACUAUAUUUGCUAACUGAAACUUGCAUAUGAAAAAUAAAAACCUAGUAAAAGAAAA